GGGUCACAUGCUGAUGGACUAAUUGGAGUCGCGGCAGCGCGGGCUGCGGCCCCCAAGGGGAGGGGUCGGAGUGACGUGCGCGCUUUUAAAGGGCCGAGGUCAGCUGACGGCUUGCCACCGGUGACCAGUUCCUGGACAGGGAUCGCCGGGAGCUAUGGUGGGGGCAGACCCGACCAGACCCCGGGGACCGCUGAGCUAUUGGGCGGGCCGUCGGGGUCAGGGGCUCGCAGCGAUCUUCCUGCUCCUGGUGUCCGCGGCGGAAUCCGAGGCCAGGGCAGAGGAUGACUUCAGCCUGGUGCAGCCGCUGGUGACCAUGGAGCAGCUGCUGUGGGUGAGCGGGAAGCAGAUCGGCUCUGUAGACACUUUCCGCAUCCCGCUCAUCACAGCCACCCCUCGGGGCACGCUCCUGGCCUUCGCUGAGGCCAGGAAAAAAUCUGCAUCCGAUGAGGGGGCCAAGUUCAUCGCCAUGAGGAGGUCCACGGACCAGGGUAGCACGUGGUCCUCUACAGCCUUCAUCGUAGACGAUGGGGAGGCCUCCGAUGGCCUGAACCUGGGCGCUGUGGUGAACGAUGUAGACACAGGGAUAGUGUUCCUUAUCUAUACCCUCUGUGCUCACAAGGUCAACUGCCAGGUGGCCUCUACCAUGUUGGUUUGGAGUAAGGACGACGGCAUUUCCUGGAGCCCACCCCGGAAUCUCUCUGUGGAUAUUGGCACAGAGAUGUUUGCCCCUGGACCUGGCUCAGGCAUUCAGAAACAGCGGGAGCCUGGGAAGGGCCGGCUCAUUGUGUGUGGACACGGGACGCUGGAGCGAGAUGGGGUCUUCUGUCUCCUCAGUGAUGACCACGGUGCCUCCUGGCACUACGGCACUGGAGUGAGCGGCAUUCCCUUUGGCCAGCCCAAACACGAUCACGAUUUCAACCCCGACGAGUGCCAGCCCUACGAGCUUCCAGAUGGCUCGGUCAUCAUCAACGCCCGGAACCAGAAUAACUACCAUUGCCGCUGCAGGAUCGUCCUCCGCAGCUAUGACGCCUGUGACACCCUCAGGCCCCGGGAUGUGACCUUCGACCCUGAGCUCGUGGACCCUGUGGUAGCUGCAGGAGCACUAGCCACCAGCUCCGGCAUUGUCUUCUUCUCCAAUCCAGCCCACCCUGAGUUCCGAGUGAACCUGACCCUGCGCUGGAGUUUCAGCAAUGGUACAUCCUGGCAGAAGGAGAGGGUCCAGGUGUGGCCGGGACCCAGCGGCUACUCGUCCCUGACAGCCCUGGAAAACAGCACGGAUGGAAAGAAGCAGCCCCCGCAGCUGUUCGUUCUGUACGAGAAAGGCCUGAACCGGUACACCGAGAGCAUCUCCAUGGUCAAAAUCAGCGUCUACGGCACGCUCUGAGCCCCGUGCCCAAAGGACACCAAGUCCUGGUCGCUGACUUCACAGCUCUCUGGACCAUCUGCAGAGGGUGCCUGAAACACAGCUCUUCCUCUGAACUCUGACCUUUUGCAACUUCUCAUCAACAGGGAAGUCUCUUCGUUAUGACUUAACACCCAGCUUCCUCUCGGGGCAGGAAGUCCCUCCGUCACCAAGAGCACUUUUUUCCAGUAUGCUGGGGAUGGCCCCUGUCCAUUCUCUUCCAGGACAACGGAGCUGUGCCUUUCUGGGACAGGAUGGGGGAGGGGCUCCCCCUGGAGAGAUGAACAGAUACGAACUCAGGGAACUGAGAAGGCCCGGUGUCCUAGGGUACAAAGGCAGGUACUAGAUGUGAUUGCUGAAAGUCCCCAGGGCAGAGUGUCCUUUCAGAGCAAGGAUAAGCACACCUACGUGUGCACCUUUGAUUAUUUAUGAAUCGAAAUAUUUGUAACUUAAAAUUUUUGAUGCAGAAAAAGCGUUUGUGGAGUCUGUGGUUCUGUCUGCUCACGCCUUCCCAAUUGCCUCCUGGAGAGACAGGAAGGCAGCUGGAAGAGGAGCCGAUGUACUUACUGGGAAGCAGAAACCCCUAGAUUCCAUCCUGGCUGCUGCUGUUUGCAAGUGUCAAAGAUGGGGGGGCGUGUUUAUAUUUUAUAUUUCUAAGAUGGGGUGGCAUAGGAAAUAGGGAACAGAUGUGUAAAACCAGAUGGGAAGGACAGUCUGUGAGAAAGGAGCAAGCAGUUGCUGCAGGUGUGGGAGAGCAAAGCCCUUCUCCACGUGGAAAGAGCCCAGAUGGACGCUAAGCAUGUUGGGCACCUGUAACCCCGCACUCGCUGGACUGACGGUGUAGCUCAGUGGUGGAGCUAGUACUUGGAACGCCUAAGACUCUGGGUUCAGUCCUUGGGGGGGGGGGUAUGUGUUUAUUGAGAGGAAGGUGUACGUACUGUAGGUCAGAGGACAGCUUACUGGAGUUGUCUCUCUCCUUCACGCUGUGAGUCCUGUGGAAUGACCUCAGGUGUCAGAGUUGGGGGCAGGUGCCUUUGCCAGCUGAGCCAUCUUGCUGUCUCUGCUUUAAUUUAAAAAAAAAAAAAAAAAAGAAUAUUAAGGUCUGAGGGAUUCGGGCUGCGUUCAUUUCAAUUAGAGGGUCAUAUUUCUUUUGACAUUUCUUCUCUAAGAAAUGUUAAGAUCAUUUGUUCUGUGUGAUAGAGGUAUAGCUCCAUUGUAUGUCAGCAGUGAGGGAUCCUGUGCAUUUUAUCCAGAGUUUGUACGGUGUUCUAGGGGCUGCUAGUGCAGCCCAGUGCUAAACACUUCAGCAUGCACAAGGCCUCAAUCAGUGCAUGCAUGUGCACACACACACAGACACACACGUACACACUGACACAGGUACACAAAUACACACUGGCCCACAUGUACACAUCGACUCACAGGUACACAGACCCACUUUGACACACAUAUACACAGACACAAACGCACUGGCACACACAUAUACACAGGCACACAUGGAUAGAUGGACACACGUGUACACAUACACACACACACAGAAAUACAAAUGUUCAGGUUUUCUAAAAAAAAAAAAAUUAGAGACGUGUUGACUUCAUUUUUAGCAAAAAUCCUGUCAUGUAUCUUAAAGUGGAUUGAACCCACUAUGUAGCCCAGGCUGGCCUCCAAAUGGGCAUCCUUCUGCCUCAGUCUCCCGAGGGCUAGGAUAACAGGAGUAUGCCAUCACACCUGGCUAAUAGAAAUUUUCAAAAUUGUUUGUUUGAAGGUGACUCUUACUAUAUUGCCUAACUGAUCUCCAGUUCGUGAAAUCCUCCUGCCUCAGAACCAGGACUGUCAAUAUAACCCACCAAGACAGGCCAACAUUCACAAUUGAUUGUUAGUUUGUGGUCUGAAUCAAGGUCUUAUACUGUAGCCCAGGCUAGCCCGGAAUACACGAUAUCUCCAGUGCUUCAGAUCCUCAGUUCUAACUAAGCAUGGCCACAUCCAUGUUUAACUGCAAAUUUGAUGUUACCAUGGUUUGGUUUGGUUUGGUUUGGUUUGGUUUGGUUUGGUUUGGUUUUUUGGCCAUUUUUUUUUUCUCAUGCUGAGGCCUUGUGCUCUCAAGUUGGGGAGACAGCAUGGAGGGUAGCUGCAACUGUAACCCCAGUUCCAGGGGACCUGACACCCUCUGGCCUCCACAAGUAUUAGGCACAUCUGUGGUGCACAGACAUACAAUCAGGCAAAAUAUUCAUACACAUAAAAUAAAAUAAUUUAAAACAAAAGCAAAAAUCAGGACCUAAGAAAAAAAUCUAUUCCUGAUUCUUUUAUGUUUUGUUUGUAUUUUAUCAAGACAGGGUUGUUUCUCUGUAUAGCCCUGGCUGUCUUGGAAUUCACUCUGUAGACCAGGCUGGCCUCAAACUCAGAAAUCCUCCUGCCUUUGCCUUCCAAGUGCUGGAAUUAAAGGCAUGCGCCACC